UCCUUCUAAAUCGUAGUCCAUAUACACAAAAAUGGCCAGUACAGAGAAAACUCCGAUGAAUCACCAAGAACCAAAACUCCCUCCUCAUGUCCUCAUCUUCCCGUUGCCAAUUCAGGGACACAUAAACUCCAUGCUCAGGCUCGCGGAGCUUCUCUGUCUCUCCGAUGUUGACGUCACCUUCAUCACCUCCGAUUUCAGCUACAAUCGCAUUAUCAAGCACGGCAAAGUUGAUUCGCGAUUCGCCCGUUACCCUGGCUUUCGUUUCGAAAGCAUCACCGAUGGUCUUCCUGACGAUCACCCUCGCGCCGGCGAGCAAGUCAUGGACGUUUUUCCUUCUUUGAAGAAGGUAACGGGGCCACUGUUCAAGGAGAUGAUGGUUUCUAAAGAUUUGUUGGCUUCAGAAAAUCGACGGCCGGUGACUUGCAUCAUCUCAGAUUGUAUCAUCAGUUUUGCGAUCGAUUUUGCAAUAGAGAAGGGGAUUUCAAUCGUUUACUUUCGAACCAUCAGUGCUUGUUCGUUCUGGGCCUUUUUCCGAAUGCAAGAACUCGUUGAAGCUGAUGAAAUACCCGUCAAAGGAAAAGGAAUGGAUCUACUGGUGAAGAGUCUGCCAGGAACGGAAGGUUUUCUCCGGCGCCGUGAUCUUCCCGGAUUUUGCCGUGUCGACGACAUCAAUGAGCCAAAACUUCAGGAGAUUAAGUUUGAGACCAGACAAAACACUCGUGCUCACGCUGCCAUACUCAACACCUUUGAAGAUCUCGAAGGACCCAUUCUCUCUCACAUACGUUCUCAGAUUCCAAAUCUCUACUCUAUCGGACCUCUACAUUCCCACCUGAAAUCCAGACUCCAAACCAAAACCAAGGAGUUCUCUGAAUCUUCGGGUAGUUUAUGGGAAGAAGAUCGGAGCUGUUUGACUUGGCUAGAUUCACAACCCCCAAAAUCUGUGAUCUACGUGAGCUUUGGAAGUAUUACGAUCAUAACCAGUGACCAGCUAUUAGAAUUCUGGUACGGUCUAGUGAAUAGUGGACAGAGGUUUUUGUGGGUCAUGAGGCCGGACUCUAUCACGGGAAACGAUAGCGAGUCUAAAAUUCCGACGGAGCUUGAGGAGGGCACAAAGGCAAGAGUGUACACGGUGGAUUGGGCACCACAAGAGGAGGUGCUGAAUCACCCAGCCAUUGGAGGGUUCGUGACUCACAGUGGGUGGAACUCAACUCUUGAGAGCAUAGUCGCCGGAGUUCCAAUGAUCUGCUGGCCGUACUUUGGAGAUCAGUUGACUAACAGCCGGUUUGUGAGUGAGGUUUGGAAGAUUGGAUUGGACAUGAAAGAUACUUGUGAUAGAGUUGUAAUUGAGAAGAUGGUUAGAGAGGUUAUGGAUGUGAAGAAGGAAGAGUUCUUGGAAAGAGCAGAUCAAAUGGCGAAAUUGGCAAGAAAAAGUGUUCGUGAAGGUGGUUCAUCUUACUGUAAUUUUGAGCGUUUUGUUGAGUACAUAAGGUCAUUGAUAUUGUGAGGAUGCCAUGGUUGAAGCUUUGCCUGCAAAAUUGAAAUUGGUUUUCAGGAAUUAUGAGACAAUUGCUUAUAGUAGGGUACCAUAGAUAUGAAUUAUAAGCAAUUUUACUCUUAUUUUGGAUAGUGUAUUUAUCGAACUCAAGCUCAAAUGGAAACGUUUGAGCAUAUUAAAGCACCGGUAAU